AUGGUUGCACCUGCAGUAGUGGUUGCCUCCUCCCCUGUCGACAUCAGCUCGUCAUCCAAUCAGCAGGGAAAACCGUUGGUAAUUAGACAACCAACACAACAUUAUCCGCACCGUCCAAUCCUUGAAGCUCCGUUGGCUUUUUUGCCGACCCCCUGUCAUCUCGAAAUUCCGCCGCCGUUUAAAGGUGCCGGUGGCCGCCCCGUUUGCGACAGUGCUGCCUGCUCCGCUACUGAUUCCGACGUUACUCCUCCUACCACUCCUGCUCUCACCACUGCUACAACAGCAACCACCACCACUACCACUACAACCAACAUUACCACAAACAAUAAAGAUAACAAAAUGAAGUUCUCAUCAUCUACUUCUAACUCUUCCUCCGCCUCGUCCUCCUAUACGCACGGGGACUCUCACUUUCCUAGCGCUCACCCCGAGCCGAUCCCGUACCUCCCCAACCACCACCAUCACCACCACCACCACCACGAGGAGGAGGAGGAAGAAGAAGAAGAGGAACGCGAGCAAGAGCACCAAUGUGAACUCGCGCAUCAAGAGGAGGAAUACGUCGUUCCCUGGCAAGAGGAAAUGCGACGCGUUGAAGCCGCCCGCUACCGUCGCGACCAACUCGAAGCCAAACGCAUCCGUCAAGCUGCGCAGCGCAAGUUGCAGCAACAGCAGCAGAAACAACAGCAGCAACCGAGGCAAUGGGUCUGGGUUGUUGAUGAGGAGAUUGAGGCAGUGCGGGAGGCCGAUGUCAUUGUUUCUCGCAACAAGGGGUUCUCCUGGGGCGGCAGGGUCAAGGAUGCAGGAGGCGCUAAGGAAGUUGACUGUCGACUUUUAAAUCAAAGAAUCAACAUCAUGUCGAAAAGGCGGGUGGAUUUCUUUGAGUCUUCAUGCUAUAUUCAGAGUUUUAUCUCGCCUACAUCUACGAUGUGGGAAUAUCAGCAUCCCUUUUAA